GACAGGAGCGACGGCAGUUGGGCUUCGGUCUGAGAGGCGGUUGGCGGCGGGGAGGAUGAGGAGACGAGCGGAAGGGCUGGCGGAGGCUUCCUUCGACGGCUGGGGCCGAGUUUAGGCGAGGCCUUCCUCCAAAGAAACAGGCGUCAAUCCAGAUGGAGCCAUUACAAACCAGAGGCCUGGCCCAGCCUCAGGAGCCGCAGGAGCCGCAGCCUUGGGGGAAACUCAUCCGCUUGGGGGUCCAGGAAGCCGAGCUGCACCUCUUGCUCAAGAAAGAAUGGACCAUCGGGAGGAGAAAAGGUUGUGACCUGUACUUACCUGGCAACAAACUGGUGUCCGGGGAUCACUGUAAAAUAAUAGUGGAUGAAGAAUCUGGUCAAGUAUCGCUGGAAGAUACCAGCUCUAAUGGAACUGUUAUUAAUAAACAGAAAUUGAUCAAGAAGCAGGCUUGCCCUUUGCAGACUGGAGAUGUGAUCUAUGUUGUUUACAGGAAGAAUGAGCCAGAAAACAAUGUUGCGUAUCUUUAUGAAUCCUUAUACCCUAGACAGGACCGAGACAAUGACUCAGUAGAACCCAAUGUUGAAAGUAUGUGCCAUGUGACCAAAGAUACCUCAAGCACCGGGCUAAGUGAUGACAAGACCUCAGUAGUGUCGCUUGUGCCAGCUAGUCAGGCUAAUAAUGAUGACGAACCACAGCCAUCCACUUCUACAUCAAACCUCUUUAAUGCUGCGUCUACCUCUGUCACUGAGUCCGUAGCCACUGUACUGGAUAAUCCCUCAACAUCUUGUAAAGGGCUGCAAUCGCUCCUCUUCGUUGCUGCACCCACUUUGCCUACCUGCCCACCAUUUGGUCCCGAACCAUCACUUGAACCUAAACAGCCAAACAUUUCUGGCAUUUCUUCAGGGGACAAAGGAAACACACUGUUGGCUGUGACUGAGCUUAAAAGCAGGGAUGAAGGGGGUUUGGAGCCUCCAAGAAAGAGAACAAAAGGAGGUGCUGAUACUAGCUCGUAUCGUCAGGUGUUUACUCCAACUGAAUGUGUAACUAAAACCGGCACUGAAAGCACCAAGGUGGUGAAUGUGAAGCCAGACAAAAUGGAAGAAACACUCACUUGCAUCAUCUGCCAAGAACUGCUGCACGACUGUGUCAGUUUGCAGCCCUGCAUGCAUACUUUCUGUGCGGCUUGUUACUCAGGAUGGAUGGAGCGAUCCUCUCUCUGCCCAACAUGCCGUUGUCCCGUGGAACGUAUCUGCAAAAACCAUAUUUUGAACAAUUUGGUGGAAGCUUAUCUCACCCAACAUCCAGAUAAAUGCCGUAACGAUGAGGAUAUCAAAAGCAUGGAUGCUCGGAACAAAAUCACUCAAGACAUGCUUCAGCCAAAGGUGCGAAGGUCCUUUUCGGAUGAAGAAGGAAGUUCUGAAGAUCUGCUGGAACUCUCCGAUGUAGAUAGUGAAUCCUCUGAUAUUAGUCAGCCAUACAUUGUGUGCCGACAGUGCCCAGGAUAUUGUCAGCCCCUUUCCUCCCGACACCACGAAGGAGAAAUGGAAGCGGUGCUGGCAUUGGGAGAUGCCCCCUCUACCUCUGGCAGUUUUCCAGCAGCUGUCCAGGAAUAUGUGUGUCCUUCUCAAGGGAGCCACGUGAUAUGCACUUGCUGUUUCCAGCCAAUGCCGGACCGCAGAGCAGAGCGUGAACUGAACCCACAUGUGGCCCCUCAGCAGUGCACUGUGUGUCUCCAACCCUACUGUCACUUAUACUGGGGCUGCACUCGGGUGGCGUGCUUUGGCUGCUUAGCACCAUUCUGUGAAAUAAACCUCGGUGAGAAGUGUUUAGAUGGAAUCCUUAAUGGCAAUAACUAUGAAUCAGAUAUUCUAAAGGAUUACCUGGCAUCCAGGGGUUUGACAUGGAAAAACAUAUUGAAUGACAGUCUCGUAGCUCUUCAGAGAGGAAUUUUUAUUUUGUCAGAUUAUCGAAUUACUGGAGAAACAGUGCUUUGUUACUGUUGUGGCCUCCGCAGCUUCCGAGAGCUGGCUUAUCAGUACAGACAGAAUAUUCCUGUUGCUGAAUUGCCAGUGACUGUCACAGCACGCCCCGAUUGUUACUGGGGGCGCAACUGUCGAACUCAGGUCAAAGCACAUCAUGCAAUGAAGUUCAAUCACAUUUGUGAACAAACUCGAUUCAAGAACUGAAGCUGUUUAUUGUGUCAAACUGCAACCUGUAAAAAGGGAAUAUGGAGUUGAACCUGAAAUGCUGACUCAAGUCACGGUCCCCUCAUAGCAGGGUGCUGGUAACUCUUUUACAUCAGGUACUCUGGUGUGAUAUCUCUUUAAUUUGUGACGUUUUCGAGCUUGGAAGAAAGGCGAGAGUUCUGCUUGUUCUCUGUGCUUUGUUUUGGUCCUUUUUUCUAUAAAGAGAGAAUUGAACAAGUAAUUCGGAUGAGCCCUCCUGUUUCAGCACGCUUGACAGCAUUCAGGGGCUGAAGGGUACUUACAUUGAUGGGGGAUUUACACUGGAUGGAAGAAACUGGAUUAUUCUGUACGUGGCAAUAGAUCAGUGGCUAUUGUUCGUUGAAUAAAACAACGUGUACAUACUUGAGAGGAGGUGGCUGAGGAUGCAAAAAACCAUGGGUAGGCAAAAUUAACUUUUGCAGGUUCAGCGGGGCAGUCUAUGCAAGCCUGGAGCUCACUCCCUUUGAAAAGGAGAGAGGGAUUGGGUUAUUUUUUAAAAACAGAGCAAACAGAUGCCCAUCCCUCCAGUCCACAAGCCCCUGGACCAUGCUCUAGAGCAGUGUUUCCCAAAGUGGGUGCUACCACCCCCUGGUGGGUGCUGCAGCGAUCCAGGGGGGCGGUGAUGGCACCUAUUAGGAGACAAGGGCGGGGCCAGGGGAGGGGUGGGGCCUCUUCCCAAGUGCCAGAGACAGGGCUGAGCACCUGAGGUGCCUGUUAGGACACAAGAGGUGGAGCUAGAGGACUGGGCAUGGCUUCUUCCCAAGGGCCCGAGACAGGGCUGAGAAUCUAUACUACUCCUGAGGUGCCUGUUAGGACACAGAGGGCGGAGCUAGGGAAGGGGGCGGGGCAUCCUUCGAAGAGCCUGAGACAGGGCUGAGCCUCUAUACUACUAGGACUAAAGGGCAGGGAUGGGGCGGAGGCAGGUCUUCUUCCCAAGAGCCUCUGUAUACCUCCCCUGAGGCGCUUGUUAGAACACGGGGGCAGGGUAUAGAGGUUCAGCCUCAUCAGGCACUUGGGAAGAGGCCCCGCCCCCUCCUCUAGCCCCGCCCCCUGUGUCCUGGCAGGCACUACAGGACAGGGAUAGAAGCUCAGCCCUACCUCAGAGCUCGUAACUCCGCCCAUCCCAGUCCUGGCCACCCAUAUGCUUUAUACUCUGCAGGCUUCAUCCUGUCCUGCCGGCUUUUUAAAAAAUGGAUCUUCCAAAGUGUUCUGGAUGUUGCCCAUUUACCAACCGUGUUAAACCCAACGGGCUAUAAUAAGCUUGAUAAAUAUGUUUAAGGAAAAUAGCAGUGAAACAACAGCUGCUCACGGUAUUCAUAGACUAUUCUAAAUGGAGUGCUCAUCCAUCUUCAGCAGUGUGUGUUUUGAGCCUGGACUGUAUCUGAAACACAGUUUAGUAACAUUAAAUCUGAGCUCACAAUCUGAUUUGAUUCAUGCUCCUCGCAAGCCCCAGUCAGGGAAGUUUAGAAAGGAAUGAGUGCACUAACCCUACAACUUCCUUGGUCACAUCGGUUGUGUAAAAAGACACAAUUGUGAAGAGGAGAGAUACUUCUACAUGUAGCCUUAGAUAUGGGCCCUUCACACACAGAUCAGAGCUUCUUAAACUAUGGACCGGGACCCCAAAUGGGGUUGCCAUCGCUGUAUAUUGGGGUUGCCUUCCUUUAAUUCCCGUGAGCGUCUCUCUGCUUUCCCUCCUCUCAUGUGCACGUGUGUCUCUCACUUUUCUUUCUCACACCUGUGUGUCACUCUCCCCUUCCCCGCUCCUUCCGUCCUUAAUAUAUUUGUGGUUGUAUAAAAAGGGGUUGUGAGUCGAAAAAGUUUAAGAAGCUCUGGUUUAGAUCUACUUGCUUCAUGACUAGAGUUGGAAUGUUGUCGUCUAAACGGACAUCUCAAGUAUUCCAUUUAAACAAAGAGUAUCGUUGAACGAGACUUUACACUUGGCCGCUUGUCCGUAGCUUUGAAAAGUUACUUUUAAACUCCCAGGACCCCUAACCAGCAUGAAUACUGGCUUCAAUCUCCCCGCCCCUGCCCCCACUAUGCAGAUCCUUGUUUCUUCUGAACUAAACAUGAUGCAGGAAAGUGAUAGACAAAAUAAUAGAAAUGUAAUAGCACAAACUUUAUAUCACUAUGCCAUUGUAUGUGGAGGCCAUUUCUGAAUGUAUUGGGUGAGUUUAGAAAACUCUCAGUCCAAACUUUUCAUGCUGUUCUUGUACCAUUUCAGAUUUCAGUUGUCGACUUCCAUGUCUGAAUAUUUUCCCCAACUCAAGCAUAUUGGGCAGUGGGAUUUAGCCUAGCUCUUCCAGAUAGUCUAGUUUUCUAUAGAAAAUGUUUGUAUGUUGGGGAGAGCCAUUGACCAUGCAGUCCUCUCUCUGCUGUCUAGGCCUUAUGAUUUUAUUCUCUUGAUCUUGCUAAGUGAACACCCAUCUCAUUGAAAGAAGACAUUGUUUCAUAUUUAGGCCCAGGGUGGGGAACAUAUAAGUCCUAUGGAGAUCAGUGGACCAACCACCAUCACUUCUAGCAGCCUUGGCAAUGGAAGUUGCAGUAUGGAAAUACCUGGAAGGAUAGAUGUUCGUUCACCCCUAGCAUAGACUAACAGCAUCUGCUUGAACAUGUGUUGUGGAAACAAAAUUUACUUGGAGCUACAACAAAGAAGCAAUAACUUUAUUGUCCAACUAAAAUGCACAAUAUACAUCAUGCAAACCUUUUGGAGCUUCACUGGCUUCUUCCUCAAGCAAGGAUGUUAAAUAUCAUACAGGAGAUGGAAUGGGAUGUUAGUCACAGACUCACCAUUUUUCUCAGAUGUUAUUUCUGGUAUCAGUUAAGAUGGUCUGGAGAGUGAUAUCCAAACUAUGGUCCCUCCAUGUUUUUUUACUUCAAUUCCCAGCCACUUGGCCAACAGUCAGAAAUUCUGGGAAUUGAGGUCCAAAACAUGUGGAGGACCAGAGUUUGAGAAUCACUGAUCUAAGGGGAUCUCAAUGCAGGCCUUUCUUGGCCAUGUGGAGACCCAAAACAAAGGCAAUAAGAGAUAGGCAAUAAAACCUCAACUCCAUUGGCUCCUUUGAAAUCCAGGCUGUCCCUGUCCUAUGUGAAUUGGAUUCCCUUUCUUAGGCAGAGAACCCUCCACUGUUACAUCUGAGAGUACUUUCAGGUGCUGUAUAUGUAAUAUGUUUCUGGGAACGACGUGUAACUUCUCAAAUGCAACCAACCAAAACCAUACAUUCAGGUCAAAGUCUAAUUACGAGAGUAGACACAUUGAAUCAGAGAGACUUACACAAGUCUUGAUUUCCCAUUCAAUAACUUUAUCCUAGUUGUGAGUAAGGAAUGUCUAACUAAGGUUCAUCUUAUACUUCCAGUUCCAUAUGAGCCUUUUUUUUUUAGUUCUUAUAAAUAUCUCAAAUGUUUGCAGUUGUAUCCUCUCAGGCAGACUAUUUGCAGCUGCUCGGGUCUCUGUUUUCAUCUCAGGCCAUAUAUGUAAAUGUUUUGCAUAUAUGGAAAAAGGAGACUUUUGCACAAUGCACACAACAGGGUGUGUUUUGCCUUUUUCUUCCUUCAUUCCACAUUGACUUCCAGGGGAGACUUCCCACUUUAUUGGCAAACAGGCUGGAUUUUAUGGACAGUUUUCUUUCUUUUUCAAUGUGCUUUGUACUUGCAAUGGUUCAUACUGAGCACUGCAUCUAUGCCUGCUUCGCAGUUCAGUACUGUAUUUAUGAAUGAAAUCUGAAACAAUCAGAACCUAUCUGUACAUCAAAAGACUUUGAAUUCCUUUGAUAACCCCUCUUCUUUAUAUAUAUACAUAUAAAAUCUCAAAUCUACCUUUUCUAUGCAUUAGGAGAUUGAAGUAGUGCAAUGGAAUGAAAAGGGUUUUUUCCUCAUGCGUAUGUUGUACCUUUUUUUAAAAAAGUGAAAAUAUUAAUUUUGCAAAUGUCUGGGUGAAUUGACCUUUACUCUUUUGCUCUUUAAGUAACAAAGAGCACUGCUGUUCAUGAGUAUUACAUACUCUUACAUGUUUUAGUCCAUCUUUAAAUUAAAAUAAAAGUGUGGGUCAGUCGAAUAAUACCGAGUUAAUGUGAUGAGUUCAUAAACUUGAUGUUUAAGAACUCUAAUUUGUUUGGCUUAUUGUGAAUUGCGCUGAAGCGCAGGCAUUGUGCUUCCCUCUGUAAGAAAGGAAAAAAGCUGAAGGUUUAGAAUGGCCUGUAGCUAAGACCGGUCUUAUGGAAAACCUAUUGUUAGAGAGGAGAUGGAGUCACCUUCUCUGACAGUUUUUCUUCUGUAAUAAUUCUUCCAAACUUUUCGGAGUGAUUUCAAAAAUUAAAAAAAUGACUCAUGGAAA